AUGUCACACAGUCACUUCCCUCCUCAACAAGCGCAGAAGCGGCCCAUGGCGUACAAUGAGCCAAACUUUCGUGUGCCCAUAGCGGACGAAAACAUCUGGUAUUACCCGAGAUUGGGGGAUUCGGACGAGGAGGAUAACGAAGAGCAGGAUCCCGUUGGGCCGUCGCUGAGCAACUGGGGCAAGAAGCACGAGCGCGGUACUCGGUUCAUGCGCAAGGGGAAGCUAGCCGCGUGGGGCCCUGGACUCGAGGACUGGGAGGCGGAAGAACGAGCGAGGAAGCGCGUCAAGCUGAUGAUGCCCCGCGAAGAAGAGCGCUCGCCGUCGCCACCGCUCCUUCCACAUCUGCGUUCGCCCUCUCCGCCGUCCAUGGCACCCUAUAACGACCCCAGCGAGUCCGUGCACCACACAUACACCUCCUUUGUGAUGGACAGCGCGGUGGUGCACACUUUCCGAUCCACGACGCUUUCGGAUCUCGAGCGGACGACGAACGGGCUCAUCGAGGGCGAGACGGCGUUGCGGCGGGCGUUAGGGAAGCUGUGGCACGCCCUCAGUGGCGCUGACGCCCGGAGGGCCAUUGCCGAAGUGGUGCCGAAGCGGGAAGACGAAGAGGACGCGUUUGACGUCGAUGCGUUGGAGGAGGAACGUAUCAAUCGCGCACCGAAUCUCGAGCCAGCUUCUCACCGCUUGCUCGUCUACCCAGAGGGCCCGGGGCAUCAGCCCAUGUUGGGCAGCCGGGAGAUGCAGAUGGACCGGGUCGAUAAGAGUCUCAGUACACUGCGUGACCUAGAAGGAGAUACACGCGAGUUUGUUGAGAGGUUGGAGGAGGUUCGGGAAUCAUUGGGCGAGAUUCGGGCGACCAGGGAUCAUGUCUGGUAUAUGGUACGGACGCACGCACUGGAGGAGUUGGAGGCGCAGGCAGCAGAGGCCGAAGGAUUGUAG